AUGCAAUUACGUAUGUCAAGACGUCUGAGUGUCGAAGCUGGUUAAGCUUUUCCAUAAUUCCAAGGAACUCCAAGGAGUGUCUACAGCAAACAUUUAUUCAUUCGAUGCAAAUAUGAUGAACCUAUGAUCGCUGCAUAUAAUACCAUUUGCUUGGCUUCAUGUAUAAUUUUGAUAGCGGCCAAUAAAUUGAUAACCAAAUUCUAAUCAGAAAGUCGCUUGGGCAGUGUCUAAUUCCUUAUCAAAUAUAAUAUUAUCGUGCAAAUUAUAAUCACAAAAAUCAUUUAUGUUCUGUCUUUUGAGGCAUUUUACCUGGUCGAUUAGCAGCCCCGUGUGAAUUGUGAAUACGAAAUAAACGCGGAAUAUUCAUUCAGUUCGAAAAUAUACUGAUUUCGUUCAGGAAUUUACAGUGGCCAACUGAACGCUUAGGUAUACUCGUGGUAUUCCAGCAUUACGAUAAUUUACGUGUUUAUUUUGAUAAAUAUCAGAAGCUGAGUUAAUAAGAAUAUCAAAUAAAAAAAAUUAGUGAAAGGCUGUGUUUCAGAAUACUAAUGUUACUCUAUAACGAACGGUUCCGUCAACAUGUGUAAUAAUUAUUCUCAAUCGAUCGUGUGCGCGCUUUUCAACGGUUUUCAGUGACUAGUGAAGUUCAAAUAUUGGAAAUUAUCGCCGGAGUGGCUCUAUUUGCUCACACACGUAAUUCCUUCUGAAAGUGGUUUAUUGUUUACAGUUUCCAGAGUACUCGUAUGUUGUUUCGAGUGUAUUGUUCAGAUAAUCCGUAGCCGAGUGUGUACUCUCCGAUUCCAAGGAGUCUAUGCUGCUCGAAAUCCUUUACUUACAUGAUUUGAACUACAGGAAAGCUGGAUGUCAAGUUUGGAUAGUAUAAUGGUUGUGAAGGUGCCAGUCUGGCUUAUGGAUCCUGUUCUACAAGGCCUUAACUCACCGUGAACAAUAAGCUCAUAAAUAACCUCGAUGGAGAACCUCAAAGAAGUAGUAAUUGACGCACAUAAUGUCAGCUGUCCGGCUAAAGCAGUGCUUAUCAAUGACAACAGAAUUUGCUAAAGCAACAGUGAAUUCACGUCGGAAAUGGGCAAUAUGAAAGCCGAUAACUUCUCACAAGCAAAAAGCCUAUCCAUUCCGGGCAUACCGCGAGCCAAACUGUAGUAACACUAUCGCUACCACCCCCUCGUCCCCACAAAUCCGGUAGCUCAAUUAUUACUUUAAGGCACACUCCACUACUGGUAACCUGGGGGAGCAUGGAGAAAGUAAAUUAUGUUGCUUCGGUGGGAGCAGACCUUCCUCCUCUAUAACUUUUCAUUUACGAAGCACCGACAUCACAACAGAACCAAUCCAAUGGAGUUUUACGAGAGUUUCAAUGCAAGCAGCAACGCCGUGGAUUCCCUGCUCCUGAUCCCGAAUAGCACGCAGGAUGCAUUUCGGCGCAUAAACGACACCCUCGUCGAUACUUCUGAUGUGCAAAGACUCUACCCGAUUUCGUUGACAUGGUCCACUAUGUGCCUGGUGAUUGUGUUUUGUGUUCUCAUUGUCAUUACGAUAAUUGGCAAUACCUUAGUGAUAAUUGCAGUCAUCACGACCCGUCGCCUCAGGACUGUGACGAAUUGCUUUGUAAUGAGUUUAGCGGUUGCCGACCUCCUCGUCGGGAUUUUCGUCAUGCCACCAGCUGUAGCCUUGGAUCUGAUAGGUUCUUGGCAAUUGGGUUGGGUCCUCUGCGAUAUCUGGAUCUCAUUAGAUGUUUUAUUAUGUACAGCAUCAAUCCUGAGCUUAUGUGCAAUCAGCGUUGACAGAUAUCUAGCUGUCACAAGACCCUUAACAUAUUCGCGAAAACGUAGAUCGAAACGUCUUGCUCUUAUCAUGAUUCUCAUAGUUUGGUUUCUGGCCCUUGCUAUCACCUGCCCACCGAUCCUAGGGUGGUAUGAGCCAGGACGUCGUGAAGACAUCAUGGAAUGCCGGUAUAACCGCAAUGAAGGAUACGUAAUAUUCUCAGCGAUGGGCUCCUUUUUCAUCCCAAUGGCUGUAAUGGUGUACGUUUAUGCGAGGAUCUCGUGUGUGGUAGCAAGUCGUCAUGAUAAUAUGACUGAUAUAGAGGUGCAUAACAAGAGGACAUGUAAGCGCCUGAAGUCAAACAUGAAGGCACAUUUAGACAAAUUCAAGAGAUACCAGCAGGCCGAAAUGGAGGCUGAACUAGAACAAGAUGUUUCAGAACAGGACAACAUAAGCCCAAACCCGAAGAAGCAAGCCGUACGUACUUUAUCUAAUCAGACGAUUGUCAAGGAGCCGAAGGAGAUGCAAUUUAGCGAUGGCGAAGUUAUUUCAAGGCAAUGCAAGAAUGGGAAUUAUGAGUUGGUUACAUCGUCGUCAAGGCCACAAUCCUUCAAGCGACCGCCAUCAAGCAGCUCGUCUAGACCAAUCUCCACCAACUCAGACCACUGGUCAGUGGGGUCACGCCACAGCGUUCGACAUCACCCAAUAAUUAUAAAUGAAAGUUAUGUAACCAAAAGUACUCGCGUUCAUCAGAAAUCCCUUUCAAACAGAGUCACCUCCCUUAAGAGGGAGAAUAAAACCACGCAAACGCUUAGCAUAGUCGUUGGGGGCUUCAUAGCUUGCUGGCUUCCGUUCUUUGUAAAUUAUCUUAUUACCCCAUUCCUUCCCGAUGGCUAUGUUAGCCCCGACCUGGCCAAGUUUUUCACCUGGCUUGGCUGGUUCAAUAGUGCAAUUAAUCCUUUCAUCUAUGCUUACUAUAGUGUUGAUUUUCGAGCUGCAUUCUGGAGACUGACCUUUAAGCGAUUAUUUAAAAAUUCCUCGAAAGGUCAGUAUCCAAACACGACAUUGUCAAUACGACGGUAACUAAGUUGCCUGUAGAAUAGCAGAAAAUUGGUAAAAACUAGGAAUGAAUAUUGGAAAUAAGUAACAAUAUAUGUGUAACUGACAACCUUGGAAGCCACAAAUAAAGAUGUUGUAAUUUAUUUUGUAAGUGAUCAAUAUCCUCCAGGAGAUUAUGAAUAUUUGCGCUCACUCCAUGGAAUCAAGAUGAAAAAUGAAGCUCAUUUUGAAGCUUCCAUUAUUCGUUAUACAAAGCAAGUCAGACUUUAUAUAUAUUUAUAAGGACAAAUGAAAUUGGUUUGACUGAUUUACUUGAAAAUUCGCCACGAUCGCCUUCACUUUCACCUGACUCCCAACCAUUUCAAUUUCGAGUCCUUGAAUUUGAUUACAGGAAGUGAAGGCGCUCGGAAGGCUUGAGUAGGCAUGGCCAUGUGCAUGCUUACCAAUAAAUGCAGAAACAAAAUGUAGUCAUACAAUUACUACGCCUUAUUUGCCGUAUUGCUGGAAAAUAUUUAUAUUUGUAAGACAAAAAUCCACAGAUAUGAGGUGCUCCAAUACGUAUUUGUAAAUAUUUGUGCUAAAUAUGUAACAACAUAAUCAAUAUUGCGACUUAAUUCAAUUAAUAUCGCAUCAAAUAAAGUGUUAACAUGAAAAUAAAUGGAAAUAUCAUGAGUAAAUACAAUACAACUUACAAUUAUUGGAAACAGACCCUGUGAAAACAUCCCCCAGAAAUAAAAACAAAACACACCCCCAAAAUAAUAUUAUUGUGGAAUAUUCCAUUGACAUCUUGUAUCUGAUUUCAUAAAUCUUAUAUGGUUCAUGUAUGCCCGCAUGUGAAUGAAUUUCUUUGAAUAUUUGAAUAUUUUUUUUUAAUAUUACGUUCGAAAAAUUGAUAAUAAAGUCUCAAUUGUUAAAAGCAAGACAAUCUGACGUUCCAGUACAAGUUUCUGUAGGAAUAAGUUUAGUGUAUUUACUGUUGUAAUAUUUGAUUUGAUUCUGCAGAUUGCCUAGUACAAUAUUUAUUUUAGUUUUAGUUUAUAUUAGUUCCGAAUGUAACUAUAAAGAAUAAAGAAAACGAUGUUUUUGUCGUA